CAUUCCCAGAUGUCACGAAGAUUGGUGAUCCGGUGCGUUACCCCGCGGUCAGUGUGUAAGAUCUUUUGCAGGUUUGACUUUUAAUAAGUGUAGUAAUGAAUCUAAUUUGCAUAUUUUAAACACUGCUACGACGACGGGAGGAACACACAUUUAGAAAGAACAACACACACGUGUGGACAGUUGCAGAUGGACGUAAAAACUGACAUCUAGGCAUUUUACAGACAUUCUCAGUGUACGUCAUGCGAACAUCUUGGAGGGAAGCUGAUGACGUAUGGGUGUGUGGUCCAUAUAGUGAUCCCGGGAGUCAGGGGGACGUCCUCACCCCACCCACAGACAAUCAACACCACGGUACAAUGGCUACAACUCAUUACAGGAGGGAUAACUCGCAACCCAUCAGAUAUAAUCCCCCCGCGCCCGUAUUCUACAGCGGAAACCCCGGCCUCUAUCCUGUUGUUCCGAGUCAGGAGUGGGUCAGAUUCGACCUCGCCCAUGUGGACCACGUGCGUCACAAGACCCCGGGGGACGGGACUUGGAUGGGGAGACGCCGGAAGGCUGCUGUUUUGUUUUACCUUUUUGGAGUGAUAAUAAUCUUCUUCUCUGUCGCAGUAAUCGUUACAUUCAUCGCUUUCCUCAGUGGAAGAAAUAACGAACUUAAGAAAGACAGAUUUGAUCCGGAAGUGAUGGAGUUCUCUAUAACAACCACUUGGGAUUCUCAGCCAGUGGACCAUCCUCCUGUCAAAAUCACACUAAGUCGACAUGUCGGCGGAAAUGACGUCAACAUUCAUGUCGAUGCGCCAUUUUUUAACGAUCCUCCAAAUCCAGGUGGCCCAGCCGGACAGCCGUUCCCGAAAUUAUACAACUACGAAGUGGUUGAGGCAUUUUUUCUGAACGAUCAAGAUGAUUACCUGGAGGUAGAGCUCAGUCCGCAUGGCCAGCAUCUGCUGCUGAUGCUGCGCGGAGAAAGAAAUGCUGUCAAGCAACAACUUCCGAUUUCUUACACGGCCAGUAUCCAUGGCAACAAAUGGGAGGGGAACGCUAUAGUUCCUGGUCGAUAUUUCCCUCGUGACGUCACAAAGUUCAAUGCCUAUGCCAUUCACGGGACUGACCCAAACCGGGUUUACGAGUCCCUGUAUCCGGUACCAGCGGGGAAAUAUCAGGCAGCAGACUUUCACAAAUUGGGAUACUUCCGGUCGAUAGAUUUCCAAAGUAUUUUACCAGACAACCACGGCGAUAACUACCAUUCAGAUGAGUGGAGUUCUAUACCUGGCCAUCACCACGAGGGAUAACCCUACCCGCUCAUCUAGUUGAGAACUUUCUUGAUAAUUUAUAAUAAAAAAAUGACUUAUUUGUAUAGUAUAUCAACUUGAUAAUACAAGUUUUCGGUUUCUUUCAGGUUUACAUAGAUCAUUGACGCGCUUUGGCAUUGAUAUUUAUAAGCUUAAAGCUUGUUUUUCAAUCCUACUGGUUUAUAUUGUAUUUUGAUGCAGUGUGUAAGUGUAUUUGAAUAAAAUAUUGUUUAAACUUAACAUCAGACAAAAACAAAACUCACAGAAUGGAAAUAUUCAGACUGUAUACAUUAUAUAGCAUAGCACGUGUACACAUGUAUACUUAAGUGAAAUUACUGAUAGCACGGAAUUGCUGAUAGAUGACAUGGGACACGUGUAUAAUUUGUAUUGGACGACUGUGACUUAAACUUCUUGAAGGCAAGGGUAUAAGUAAAAUUUAAUUACUGAUAAAUACCACGAUAUAAGCACUGGAAGUGGAA